AUGGCAGCCUUGGUGGAAGAAUUCACGUUGUCUACCGUCGUCCUGGGUGCCGGGCCUGACGGACUCCUAGGUGUGGAGCAGAGCGACAAAACAGACCAGUUUCUAGUAACGGACAGCGGCAGGACCGUCGUCCUCUAUAAGGUUUCUGAUCAGAAACCAUUGGGGAGCUGGUCAGUGAAACAAGGUCAAAUUAUAACAUGUCCAGCUGUAUGCAACUUUCAAACUGGAGAGUACAUUGUUGUACACGAUAAUAAGGUUUUGCGAAUAUGGAAUAAUGAAGAUGUAAACCUGGAUAAAGUAUUUAAAGCUACAUUGUCAGCUGAAGUGUAUAAGAUACACUCAAUACAAGGGACAGAACCAUUGGUGCUGUUCAAGGAAGGUGCUGUGCGUGGGUUAGAGGCCUUGCUUGCAGAGCCGCAGCAGACAAUUGAAACUGUUAUCUCUGAUGGAGAAGUGAUUAAGUGGACAAAGUUUUUCCUAGCAUAUAGGCAUCCUGUUUUAAUUUUUAUUACUGAAAAACAUGGAAAUUAUUUUGCUUAUGUACAAAUGUGCAAAUCACAUAACUUAACCAAAUAUAUACUUUUACUUGGACAAGAAGAAAAAUCUGUUACACCAAACUUUUCUGCACAUGUGGAUCGAAAUUUCAUCUCUUUGAUGUCAUUAAGUUCCGAUGGAUGUAUAUAUGAAACCUUAAUCCCAAUAUAUUUGAAUGACACAGAAAAGGAUCAUAAGGUAGUUAGUUCCCUGUUGCUCAAGACUGUUGUGUCUGGUAAUGCUCGGAAUGGUGUUGCACUUGCCAUCCUGGAUCAAGACCACGUAGCAGUCCUGGGACCUCCACUUCCAGCUUCUAAGGAAUGUCUCUCCAUAUGGAACACAAAAUUUCAAACACUGCAGACUUCAAAAGAGUUAUCACAUGGGACCAGUGGUCAACUCUGGUAUUAUGGGGAAAAUUUGUUUAUGCUCCAUGGAAAAUUUCUAACUGUGAUUCCAUACAAGUGUGAAGUGUCAUCAUUAGCAGGUGCCCUAGGAAAACUCAAGCACAGUCAAGAUCAAGACACUCCCACCAUGCCCCAUUUUGUGAACUGGGAAACAUCUCAAGGAUGUGGACUUAGAUCCUACAACUCAGAGCAUUCAAGUAGAGUUUUAAGGAGGAAAAAAAUUGAAACAAGUUUACAGCCAGAAGGUCCAGCAACUGAACAGCUUUUAUCAACCAUCAAGAAAGAUUCAGAGAAACACAUUGAAGUAGAACUACGUAAAUUUCUGGCUAAGUGGACCCCUGACUUUCAUACAAUAAUUGGGGACAUAGUAACAGGACUUCUGGAAAGAUGUAAAGCAGAACCAUCAUUUUAUCCCCGGAACUGCCUGAUGCAGCUCAUCCAAACGCAUGUGCUUUCCUACAGCUUGUGCCCUGGCUUAAUGGAGAUUGCCUUAGAACGAACAGAUGUACAGAUGUUACAGCUCUGUCUGCAGCAAUUCCCUGACAUUCCUGAGUUGGUUACCUGCUCUUGCUUAAAAAUUUUCUUGAGCAUUGGUGAUGACAGUCUUCAAGAAAUUAAUAUCAAUAUGGAGUCAGUUUUUGAUUGUAGUGAUACUGUACAAGAUGAGAAAAUGGAAGAGAAAACUGAAAUUCUUCAAAAUGGCUUUAAUCCCAAAGACAGUAACUGCAGUAACUGUAAUCAGGAAAAGCCUCAGGAUGCAACGAAGACCACCUCAUGCCCUGUGACACCCAAGAGAGCAGCUCUGUUAAAUGCGAUUCUUCAUUCAGCAUACAGCGAGGCGUUCCUUCUGCCACACUUGAAGGACAUCCCCGCAAAGCAUAUCACUCUGUUUCUCCAGUACUUGUAUUUCUUAUAUCUGAAGUGUAGCGGGAAUGCUGCCAUGACUCUUCCUGGAAUACGUCCUCCAACCCUGAGUCAGAUUAUGGAUUGGAUAUGCCUACUUCUCGAUGCUAAUUUUACUGUUGUCUUAAUGAUACCAGAAGCAAAAAGGCUACUGAUAAAUCUUUACAAGUUUGUGAAAUCCCAGAUAUGUGUUUAUUCUGAGCUCAACAAGAUUGAAGUAAGUUUUCGAGAGCUACAGAAAUUAAAUCAAGAAAAGAACAGUAGAGGCUUAUAUUCAAUUGAAGUGCUGGAACUCUUCUGAUGCUACCAGUUUUUCUUCAGUGAUAUUUUAUGAAGCUCUUUUUAUGUGAAUCUUCCUGUUCAUCCGGGAAGUUAAGUUUUGUUUUGACGGUCUCUCCCUGCCAAGAGGACGGUGUCACUGAGUACCUGGAGCACGGAGUACUGAUGCACCUGGUGGGGCUGCAGGAUCACAUGAACCUAGUCUAGGUUGUGGACAUUGCUGGAGAGAGCUUGUGAAACUUUUUAAAAUAUGUGA